GUUACAUUUUAUACAUUAUCAGUUGUGUCAUAAAUAAUUAAUUAACAGUGGAGUUUGUAAUAAGGAAAAGUAGCACAGAUAUAUACUUAGAAUAGUAAUUGUAUUAAUUAAAGGCUCGUUUUCGGUAUAUAGAGAGCACGCGAGGGACACUAGUGAACCAGUCGUAACCAAAUGUUAGACAAGUACUUAUGUAUAUGUCAUAUCUGUGCGAGUAAAAAACUUUAAUUCUAGAACAAUUGUGUUUAUUUUCUUAAAUUGAAAUCCAAAUCCUUAAAACUCGUUCUGAGUCUACUCGGCUCAUAACAUAAUUGGUGGCAGCGGUGCUCUUCAAAGUACAAGAGAAACACAUACUGUAUUAUAACUGCAGUAGUAGUACAGUGGGUGUGAUCUUUCUUUUGAAGCGAACAAUCAAGGAACGGAUAAUUACCACACAGACAAUCAGAAGACAAUACAGAACGAAACAGUUUCAGCUUGGUUUGGUUCAACUUCAGAUGGUAUUGGGUGGAGCAGUAUACAAGCGACAGACGGAACACAUCAUUACCAACAGGAUAGAAAAACUGGGAUCAAAGGACAGCAACAGGGAAGAUUGCAAAGAAGUAUUGGGUGUGGGAGCAGUCAACUAAGCAACGAACAGAAUAUGCAGUUACAGUGAGUAGGGUUGCAUGUCUAGUAUUAGUGAUAGCGUUAGUAUUACCGAUUCUGACGAAAGUGUUAAUCUAGUAGAUUUAUUUGAAAUAAACGAAAUAAAUAAAAUUAAAAUGUCAAGCCCAAAACUGACGUACGAAACGGGAAUAAAAACAAUACCAAGAUAUGGGGCAGAAGAAAAGGAAUUAAUGAGUUUUCUAAAAACAUGCGAAUAUGUACUAAAUAAUAUAGUGGAAACGUUUAAACCAUUGGUAUUAGAGGGGAUAUUGGCGAAAUUAACAGGGAAAGCGAGUCAAGUGACUAGGUUUAAAAAUAUUGAUAGUUACGAGGAGUUAAAAGAAGUGUUAGUAGAAAACUUUGGGGUACAGCAGACAGUAGGGCAAAUACAAUUAGAGUUAGCGGCAUGUAUGCAGUUAGCGAAUGAAGGAAUAAAAGUAUACUAUGAAAAAUUGGAGGCGCUCUGUUUUCAAUUAAUAGAAGCACUGUUAUUGGAGGAUACAAAGAAAGCUGAAGAAGCAGUAAUUAAUAAAAUGAUUAAAAGACAGGCAUUAACAGUAUUUGUGGCAGGUUUAAGGGAACCUUAUCAUGUGUUGGUGAAAUCCCACAAUAAGAAUACAUUGAGGGAAGCGUAUCAGGCAGCAUUGGAGGCAGAAAAGACAAUGAUAGCACAGGAGCAUAAUAAGAAAUUAUUUAUAAAUAAAAAUAAUGGGGCAAAAUCUAGUGUUAAAUGCUUCAAAUGUAAUAAAAUAGGACACAAAAGUUUUCAAUGCUAUAAUAAGAAUGUAAGUGCAGGGAGAAGUAAUAAUCAGGGAGACGUAAAUAGGAAAACAAGUACUAAUGAACGGGAUAAUAAGACAAAAAUAGUAUGCAAUUAUUGUAAAAAAGUGGGACAUGUGAUGGCAGACUGUUAUAAAAUAAAAAAUAAGAAUAAACAAUUAAAUGGGAAUAAUAAUGGAAAUAAUGGGAGCGGUCCGUCAGGAGCAGGGUCAGUAACAGUAAAUUAAUAUCAAGCACGGGUAUUAACAAUAGUAGAAAUGGAAGAUGAUUGCGUGACUUGUGAAGUCACGCAAAACAGUAAGGUUACGGGGAAUAAAUCCUACACCGGUAUUAACACUAGGACAGACAACGCUAAGUUUAGUAACAAAUGGCAAAAUAUUAACGUCAUUAUUUGAAAUAGUAUUUGAUGACUUUCCGAUUCAUACGGAUGGGAUAAUCGGAAAGAAAUUAUUAAAAGAUUAUAAAAUGUGCAUUGACCUAGAGAACGAUGUAUUAAUAGUGCCGGAUAAUCGAAUUAGUAUUCCACCACGUACACAAACUAUAGUACUUAUACGGGUAGACAAACCAAUACAAAGUAAAUGUUUAAUGAUACAAGGUAGACACGUUACUACGGACGUGUUAAUGCGUAGUGUUAUAGGCAAUAUAGAAACCGAAGGUGUGAAAGGAAUAAUAUUAAAUAACUGAUAAAUGGCAGGAAAUAGAUGAAUUAAAAUUGAGUGAUUUAGGUUUUUAUGUUAAACUCA